AUGGUAAGUUUGAAAAAAAUAUCUGGAACAGAAUUAAAGCCAAAUGAUGAGUUCUUUACAAAUUUAGAUAAAGAAAAUUUAACAUUAAUAAAAGUAGGAACAAUUACCAGAUCAAAAACUGGUAAACAUGGAGCAGCUAAAGUACUUUGUAACGGAAUCAAUGUAAGAACUGGAAAUAACACCAACAUUCAAAUUGCAGGUGAAGUAGAGAAAAUGUCUUCAAAAAAUCUAUUUUAUAUUCCAAUUUAUGGAAUUGCUUUUCAGGAUAAAUCAACUGGUCUUUUUACUGAAUUUUAUGCUUCAAGUAAUUAUGAUAAGACAAUUCACGUGAAUAUGUUUUCUAGAGAUUCUAGGAGUUUCUUAAAUUUCUUCUUUGAUCAGUUUCCUGAACUUAAUGGUGAUGAAAUUUGUACUAAAGUAAAUGGACAUUGUUUAAUGUUUGCUUGUUAUGAAAUUAAACAGGAUGAUGUUGAUAAGUUCUUAGUUCUUAAUGAUAUUGUUUAUGUACCUGAAAGCAACUUUAAUGAAAAUCUUGAAAAAGAAUCUGAUAAAAUUGAAGCUACAUUAUGUGGACCUGUUAGUCAGAGAGAUGGUUAUUGGGAUAUUUUUAUGAAUAACAAAAACAAAAAAUAA